AUUGAAUGCCGUAUUUGACGAAAAAAAUGUGGAAAGAUGGCGCGAAACGAGGCGCCAGCCACAUUGCCAUCAGAUUAUUAUUUGAUGAAAAUGUUAUCACCCGAAAAGGCAGAUGUUGACGUUGAACUUCUCGAGUCAAAUUUCAUGUUUUACGAUUUCACUGCUGACGUUGGCGAGGUUAGUUAUACCUGCCAAAUCAUGAAGAUGGAGGAGAGCUUUUAUGUUUAUGUUGGAAAGGCUGGGGACGAGAGUAUGAAUGAUCUUACAUAUUCGUUCCUCUCGGCUUACGACAAUCUUCCAGUGGCUACUAGACUUCUGGGGGCUGUGGGGAAUCCACUGUCAGCACCGCUUGCUUCUAAACUUACGAAAUUGUCUGGAAAGUCUGUUUAUGUUAGUUUUAAUUUGGAUAUACAUCGGAGGAUGAUGCCUUGUAUUGAAAAACGUAUUGCUGAGGAGUUUAAAACACAUGCUAUGGCCUCAUGAGUAUUUUGGGGGAAUGAGAGAUGGGGAGUGUUGUUACCAAAAAACCAUUUUGUAAAAAUGAUGAGAAUAAAUGUAUUUUUUUGAAUUU